AUGGAUGACCUCUACGAUGAGUUCGGCAAUUUUAUCGGGGAGGAUGCCGACGCAUCUGAGGAAGACUCCGAGCGCGGCGUUGACGCGGGCGCGUACCUCAACGACGACGGCGGAUACCCCGAGGAGGCCCCCGAAGGUGCUGGCCGGGAGCUGAUGGAGAUGGACGAGGACGGGCCGUCGAACGCCGUGAUAUUGCACGAGGACAAGCAGUACUACCCGACCGCGCAGCAGGUGUACGGGGCCGACGUCGAGACCUUGGUGCAGGAGGAGGAUGCCCAGCCGCUCACCCAGCCCAUAGUCGCGCCCAUCGACGUCAAGAAGUUCUCCAUCGAGGAGGCCGACCUCCCUCCCGUCCACUUCGACCGCAGCUUCAUGACCGAUCUCAUGAACUUCCCUGACCAGAUACGCAACGUCGCCCUGGCCGGCGACCUCCAUCACGGCAAGACCGCCUUCAUGGACAUGCUGGUGCUCGAGACGCACGACAUCGCCGACAGGCUGGAGCAGCGGACGGGGAGGAAGAGGGACGAGCAGCUACGCUAUACCGAUACCCACAUCGUCGAGAGGGAACGCGGCCUCUCCGUGAAGGCGGCGCCGAUGAGCCUGGUGCUACAAAGUACGAAGGGCAAGUCCCACCUGUUCAACAUUAUCGAUACCCCGGGGCACGUUAAUUUCGUCGACGAGGUCGCUGCCGCACUGCGGCUGGUGGAUGGCGUGGCGCUCGUUGUGGAUGUGGUCGAGGGCGUGCAGGUCAACACAGAGCAGAUCAUCAAGCACGCCGUCCUCCAAGAUAUCCCGAUGACCCUGAUCAUCAACAAGGUAGACAGGCUGAUACUGGAACUGAGACUGCCGCCGAGCGACGCCUACUUCAAGCUAAAGCACGUCGUCGAGGAGGUGAACACGGUCAUCGAAAACACCCGGCCCGGGUCUGGCGAGAGCAAGCGGAUAAGCCCGGAAAAGGGGAACGUGCUGUUCGCCUGCAGCGAGAUGGGCUGGUGCUUUACGCUGCAGUCGUUCGCCAAGAUGUACGCCGACAGCUUCCCCAGCGUGAACACGGAGGAAUUCGCGAGGCGCCUCUGGGGUGAUAUUUAUUUCAACCCCGGGAAGCGGACGUUUAGCCGGAAGCCCCUACCCGGCGAAGAGCACGCGAAGAGGUCGUUCAUCAACUUCGUGCUCGAGCCCAUCUACAAGGUCUUCUCCCACACCAUCAGCCAGAGUCCGUCAGAGCUCAAGGUUGUCCUGGCAACGUUGGGCAUAACCCUGAAGCCGUCUCAAUACAAGGCGGACGCCAAGGUGCUCCUCAAGCUGGUCUGCGAGCGGUUCUUCGGACCGUCGUCCGGCUUCGUCGACAUGAUCGUCAAGCACGUCCCGUCUCCGCUAGAAGCGGCCGAGGCCAAAUUAGAGCAGUAUUACACCGGGCCUCUGGAUACUAAGGUGGCCGCGUCGAUGAAGAAAUGCGACCAGGACGGCCCCCUGGUCGUCCAUAUCACGAAACUCUUCAACUCCUCCGAUGCCAAAAGCUUCUACUCGUUCGGUCGGGUCAUGAGCGGCAUCGCUCGGCCGGGCAUGCAGGUCCGCGUUCUCGGGGAGGGUUAUUCCAUCGACGACGAGGAGGACAUGGCGAUGGGAACGAUCUCGAAGGUCUACAUCGCCGAGACGCGGUACAAUGUCGAGACGGACGGCGUCCCCGCCGGAAACUGGGUGCUGCUCAGCGGGGUCGACAACUCGAUCGUCAAGUCGGCGACAAUAGUACCGCCGAAGCUCGAGGACGACGAGGACGCGUUCAUCUUCAGACCAGUCACUCAUUUCACCGAGUCAGUCCUGAAGGUAGCAGUCGAGCCUAUCAACCCGUCCGAGCUGCCCAAGAUGCUCGACGGCCUGCGGAAGAUCAACAAGAGCUACCCUCUGAUCACUACGAAGGUGGAAGAGUCAGGUGAGCACAUCAUCCUGGGCACCGGGGAGCUGUACAUGGACUGCGUCCUCUAUGACCUCCGACGGCUAUACGCAGAUAUGGAGAUCAAGGUUUCCGAUCCUGUGACCCGUUUCUGCGAGACGGUGGACGAGAUGUCGGCGACCAAGUGCUACGCUAUCACACCUAAUAAAAAGAACAAGAUCACCAUGGUGGCCGAGCCCCUCGACGACGGGAUCGCGGAGGACAUCGAGAGCGGCCGAGUGAAGAUGCAAGACGGAGCUCGGAAGGUGGGAAAGUUCUUCCAGGAGAAGUACGGAUGGGAUCUGCUGGCUGCGAGGAGCAUUUGGGCAUUCGGCCCGGAUGAAAAAGGACCCAACAUCUUGCAGGAUGAUACUCUCGAGGUGGAUAAGACGCUUCUGAGAAGCGUGCGAGAAACCAUUCGCCAAGGGUUUAGCUGGGCAGCCCGAGAAGGGCCCCUAUGCGAAGAACCGAUCCGGAACACCAAGUUUCGUAUCAUGGACGUCUCGCUCGCGCAAGAGGCGAUCCUCAGGGGUGGUGGGCAGAUCAUCCCAACCGCCCGCCGCACAUGCUACAGCUCGUUCCUGAUGGCUUCGCCGCGCCUCAUGGAGCCGUUGUACGCGUGCUCGAUGACCGGCCCCCAGGAUGCCGUCCCCGUCCUAUAUAACGUCCUAGCCCGCCGGCGUGGUCACGUACUAGCAGAUGGCCCCAUUGCCGGAACCCCGUUGUACCGCGUUAACGGCCUGAUCCCGGUGAUCGACUCGUUCGGUUUCGAGACCGACGUUCGUAUCCAGACGCAGGGUCAGGCUAUGGUAAGUCUCGUCUUCGACAAGUGGCAGAAGGUUCCAGGCGACCCGCUGGACAAAGAGGUCACUUUACGACCGCUACAGCCCGCCGACGCCCAAGCUACCGCCAGGGACUUCGUGUUGAAGACCCGGAGGCGCAAGGGCCUUAGCGAGGAUGUUAGCGUGGCCAAGUUCCUCGAACCCGAAUUUUAUCAGAGCCUCAUGGAAAGCGGCACGCUUGGUAGUCCAUGA